CCGGCGCGUUGCGGGGAGGGAGGGGGAAGAUUGUUUGCAGCCCGGGAGCUCCGCGCGCAGGAGGUAAGCCGAGCUCCCCGAGACGCCCGUCCCGCAGCCUCUGCUCGGGCCUCGCCUUCUGUCCAGCUGCCGCCACAGCUUGGAGGCGCUGCUCCGCUCUCCCGAAUGGUGCUUCCCGCAGGCCUCGGCCCAGGAUCCAGGCCCCCUUUGCCUCCUCCCUCGGAGGAGCUGCCGGUCCCCAGCAUUCUUGGUGGACUCCCUGUGGAGGAGGAAAGAACUUCCGCACAGACAAGGUUUUAGCUCUGGGAAGCCCACAGACGACUCCAGUCGCAGCCUCUGACCCAGGGUGGUUCUUCCUGUGCCGGUUUUUUCUGCCGUUUGAUAAAGGAAAGCCUUCUCGCUGCCCAGAGCCCAGGAACCCCCACGUGGGGGCCCUGGUCCCAGCAUGCCAAUCCUGUCCCGUGCCUAGGGCUGUGCCCUCUCCCGGUCGGCAUGGCUGAGCUCAGACAGGUUCGGGGGGGCCGGGAGACCCCACAGGGGGAGCUGCGAGAGGUCGUAGAGGACGAAGUCCCGAGGAGCCCGGUUGCAGAAGAGCCUGGAGGAGGUGGAAGCAGCAGCAGUGAGGCCAAAUUGUCCCCGAGAGAGGAGGAGGAACUGGACCCUAGAAUACAGGAGGAGCUGGAGCACCUGAACCAGGCCAGCGAGGAGAUCAACCAGGUGGAGCUCCAGCUGGACGAGGCCAGGACCACCUAUCGGAGGAUCCUGCAGGAGUCUGCCCGGAAGCUCAACACGCAGGGCUCCCACCUGGGGAGCUGCAUCGAGAAGGCCCGGCCCUACUACGAGGCUCGGCGGCUGGCUAAAGAGGCCCAGCAGGAGACGCAGAAGGCCGCGCUGCGGUAUGAGCGUGCCGUGAGCAUGCACAACGCUGCCCGCGAGAUGGUGUUUGUGGCCGAGCAGGGCGUCAUGGCGGACAAGAACCGACUGGACCCCACGUGGCAGGAGAUGCUCAACCACGCCACCUGCAAGGUGAACGAGGCAGAGGAGGAGCGGCUCCGGGGCGAGAGAGAGCACCAGCGGGUGACCCGGCUGUGCCAGCAGGCAGAGGCGCGGGUCCAGGCCCUGCAGAAGACCCUCCGGCGGGCCAUUGGCAAGAGCCGCCCCUACUUCGAGCUCAAGGCCCAGUUCAGCCAGAUCCUGGAGGAACACAAAGCCAAAGUGACAGAGCUGGAGCAGCAGGUGGCUCAGGCCAAGACUCGCUACUCCGUGGCCCUGAGGAACCUGGAGCAGAUCAGCGAGCAGAUUCACGCGCGGCGCCGGGGCCUGCCCGCCCACGCCCUGGGCCCGCGGCGCUCCUCCCCGGUGGGGGCGGAAGCAGGGCCCGAGGGCGCUGAGGACACGGACAGCGGGAUCGAGGGGGCCGAGGGUGGGGGGCUGGAGGAGGGCAGCAGCCUGGGUCCCGGCCCGGGCCCGGACACGGACACACUGAGCCUGCUGAGCCUGCGCACGGUGGCCUCAGACCUGCAGGGGGCCGUGGGGGGCGCCACCAGCGCAGCGUCAGCCUGUAGCCCCGCGGCCGCCGGCAAGACUCCACUGUGGCGAGGCGGGGCCCCCCCCCCCCCGGGGGCCGUGGGGGGCGCCACCAGCGCAGCGUCAGCCUGUAGCCCCGCGGCCGCCGGCAAGACUCCACUGUGGGCCUGCCGUUCUGCAGUCAGGUGGUUUUCUCGCUGUGCAAACGUCCUGGUGUACAGAAGGCAGACGGGGGUUCCUGGCCUGCAGGCCUGGGCCGGAGUGCACCUGCGGCUCCAGGUGCGUCUGCACCAUGUUGCCGUGCUGACCAUGUAG